AUAUAAAUCGUCAUUGAAGCCCCAUUCACAUUUUCUCUCCCUGAAAAUUUUUCUCGGAAAAUUAGGAAGAAAAUUUCCCCUCUUUUUCCGUUCAAUUGGAUGGGAACUCUCAUAAGCUUGAGCUCCGCCACCGCCGUUAGUGUGGGAUUUCGAUCGUUUGCCGCCUACAAUAGCGGAUUUCGGGAGAAGAUUAAGAUAAGCGAGCACAAAACGUUAUCGCCAUCAUCAUUAUCGUCAUCGUCAUCGUCAUCGUCAUCGUCAUGGAGGAGGAUCUGUUUCUUGUGCAUAGAGAAAAAUGGUAGAUUUAGGGAUUUUGCUUGUGCUGUGAGGUGUUUAGGUAGUGACAACAAUGGUGACAGAGACGAUAAUGGUGGUGAAGACGGAGGGUCGAAAGUCAAAACGGCGUCGCGUGAAGAAACAGAGGAGACGAGUACCAGUAGUAGCAGCAGCAGCCGUGAGUUCAGUUCAGAGAAGACACCUGCUUCUGUUUCUUCGAGGCCAUCAACUGUAUCCCCUAUUGACCCGACCUACAGCAGUUUCCAAGUGGACUCAUUCAAGCUGAUGGAGCUUCUUGGCCCAGAGAAAGUAGAUCCUGGUGAUGUCAAGUUAAUCAAGGAAACGCUUUUUGGCUAUUCGACGUUCUGGGUGACCAAAGAGGAGCCCUUUGGAGACCUCGGGGAGGGCAUUCUUUUCCUCGGGAACUUGAGAGGAAAGAAGGAGGAUGUUUUUGCCAAACUCCAGAGAAAGCUAGCUGAGGUUACUGGCGAUAAAUACAAUUUGUUCAUGAUAGAGGAGCCUAACUCAGAAGGACCAGAUCCUCGAGGUGGCCCACGUGUUAGCUUUGGUUUGCUCCGGAAAGAGGUCUCUGAGCCAGGACCGACAACUCUUUGGCAGUACGUGAUUGCUCUAAUAUUGUUCCUUUUGACAAUUGGCUCUUCCGUGGAGCUAGGAAUUGCUUCUCAGAUUAAUCGACUUCCGCCUGAGGUGGUAAAGUAUUUCACUGAUCCAAAUGCUGUUGAACCGCCUGAUAUGGAGCUUCUUUAUCCUUUUGUUGAGUCUGCACUUCCUUUGGCAUAUGGUGUGUUGGGAAUUCUUUUGUUUCAUGAAUUAGGGCAUUUUCUUGCUGCAGUUCCAAAGAAAGUAAAGCUUAGCAUUCCUUACUUCAUUCCAAACAUUACACUUGGCAGCUUCGGUGCAAUUACACAGUUCAAAUCAAUUCUUCCAGACCGGAGUACAAAAGUUGAUAUCUCACUAGCUGGUCCGUUUGCUGGAGCUACACUAUCGGUUUCCAUGUUUGUUGUUGGCCUGUUGCUAUCCUCUAACCCGGAUGCAGCAGGCGAUCUGGUGCAGGUCCCGAGCAUGUUAUUCCAAGGCUCAUUGCUUCUUGGACUCAUCAGCAGAGUAACUCUAGGAUAUGCAGCUAUGCACGCUUCAACGGUCUCAAUCCACCCUCUUGUAAUCGCAGGAUGGUGUGGUUUAACAACAACGGCUUUCAAUUUGCUUCCUGUGGGAUGCCUCGACGGGGGAAGAGCUGUACAGGCUAAUUAUCGGAACAUCUGCCCAAAUAUGUUUGCCGUUUCUCCUGCAGGGUGCUUUCGGAAAAAAUGCGCUGGUCGUGUCUGGUCUGGCAACCUAUGUAAUGCUUGGACUCGGAGUGCUCGGAGGGCCUUUGUCGCUUCCAUGGGGGCUCUACGUUCUGAUAUGCCAGAGAACGCCCGAGAAACCGUGUCUGAACGAUGUGACAGAGGUCGGGACAUGGAGGAAAGCCCUUGUCGGGACUGCCAUUUUCCUGGUGACGUUAACGCUGCUGCCUGUGUGGGAUGAGCUCGCGGAAGAGGUAGGCAUUGGUCUUGUAACCACAUUUUGAUGUAUCCAUAUGUAAAGGGAGACACCAAUUUUUACUUGUCCCCAGACAAAAUGUAGUUUAGAAAGAUCGUUGGUACAUACAUGGGUUUUGUUCAGUGUUGUGCUUACCACUGUCA